AUGACGACCCACACCAUCCAUGGUAACUCGCAGUUCCAGAAGCCCUCUCAUUUAAGAUGGACAUGGGAGUCACCUGGUGGACAGUUCCAUAAUGAAAUAGACCACAUCAUCGUCAAUCGGAAGUUUUGCCUGACUGACGUCGCUGUUGUUCCGAAGUUCUACACGGGAUCAGACCAUCGUCUCCUCCGCGCUAGAUUCCGCUUUUCAGUGCGUGGAGAGAGAGCUGCGAAGUUCAGGAAACGAAGCCCCAAGACUGUGGUCAAUUGGGAUCACUUCGCUUCAUUGGCGAGUUUAUGGGAAGAUUCCGUAAACGACAACAUCGAUGAAGAAUACGACCGGCUUGUCGAACAUCUUCACGAUUGCGCCAGGAGAGCUGAGAGUCUCAAAGAUGUCAAGAAACGUCUCUCUUCGAAGACUCUCGAGCUGAUACGCCAGCGUGGAAUCGCGCGAGCUACAGGCAAUCACCAACAAACGUCCGAACUUGCGAAGCUAUGCAGAGAAGCAAGACGGAUAUGUCGUCCCUUCAGUUCUCCCUUCCGAAAUUCGACAUUAGUGAAGAAAACGAAGAACAUCCGGCUCCGCGCUCACCUUUUCGACACUGCGGUACUUCCUGCUUUGACAUACGCCUCAGAGACUUGGACUCUACGAAACGUCAUUCAACGCGCUGUGGAAAGGACGAUGGAUGCCGUUGAUUACGCCAAGAGAUCGAAGAUCAGGUGGGCCGGACACGUUAUGCGAUAUAAUGAUGACCGUUGGACCAGGGCGGUUACGGACUGGAUCCCUCGGGACGUCAAGCGAACACCAGGACGGCCGCCAACGAGAUGGUCAGACUUCUUCACGAAAGCUCUGAACGAAAGGAAUGUAUUGCCCCGUGUCCCUCGAGCGAAUUCGAAUGCCCGUACUGAAUUCUCGUUCCUGUGGAUGUGGUUGACAGUAGUAACUUCUUGCUUGAUCCGACCUUGA